AUGAGUAAGCAGAAACAAGAAGAAGUAGAUACUGUGAAGUUCAGGGGACUCCAGAGGAAGGGACAGUUUGUUGGUAGCAACAGAUGGAUAGCUGAGACUCUAAUGGCAGAGGAUAAUCUGGAUAAUCCAAUAACGAGCUAUACUGUAUUCUUCCAAUUUCUAGAUUGUAAUUUGAGGGAGCAAGGUGAGAAACCUGGAAAUGAGCCUGAAGAGGUGAAGCUUCAGAAUGCCAGCAAACAGAUUGUGCAGAAUGCCAUCCUGCAAGCUGUGCAGCAAGUCUCCCAGGAGAGUCGGCAGAAGGAAGAGCAAGCCAGGAACGACCAGGGCAGCUUCCAGCUGGGAGUGGGGAAAUUAACCAAGAAGUAUGAGAAGAAGUAA